GAUGCUGCUGUGCCUGCUGCUGGCCUGGGCGGCCGCAGUGCCCACACUGGGCCAGGCCUCUUGGCCCACUGAGCCCCACGCUACCUGUGGCCCCAACAGCUGCUACGUUCUCUACCCAGAAUCCCGCACCUUCCUGGAAGCAUGGCGUGCCUGCCGUGAACUGGGGGGUAACCUGGCCACACCGCGGACACCCGAGGAGGCCCGGCGUGUGGACAGCCUUGUGGGCACUGGCCCAAAGGACAAGCUGCUGUGGAUAGGACUGCAGCGGCAGGCACGGCACUGCCAGGUGCAGCGCCCACUUCGUGGCUUCACGUGGACUACUGGAGACCAGGACACAGCCUUCACCAACUGGGCCCAGCAAGCCACGGGAGGGUCCUGUGUGGCUCAGCGCUGUGUGGCCCUGGAGGCCAGCCAUGCUCAUCGCUGGCACGAGGGUUCGUGCACACUGCCUAUCGACGGUUACCUGUGCCAGUUUGGCUUUGAGGGUGCCUGCCCAGCAUUGCAAGAUGAGGCUGGGCAGGCCAGCCCCACCGUCUAUACUACACCCUUCCACCUGGUCUCUACGGAGUUUGAGUGGCUGCCCUUUGGGUCUGUGGCUGCUGUGCAGUGCCAAGCUGGCAGGGGGGCCUCUCUGCUCUGCGUGAAGCAACCUGAAGGUGGUGUGGGCUGGUCCCAGGCUGGGCCCUUGUGCCCGGGGACUGGCUGUGGUCCGGACAAUGGGGGCUGCGAACAUGAGUGCAUGGAGGACAUGGAUGGUCAGGUGUCCUGCCACUGCACUGAGGGCUUCCGACUGGCAGCGGAUGGGCGCAGCUGUGAGGACCCUUGUGCCCAGGCCCCAUGUGAGCAACACUGUGAGCCUGGUGGACCACAAGGGUACAGCUGCCACUGUCUUCUGGGCUUCCGACCAGCAGAGGAUGAGCCACACCGCUGCGUGGACACAGAUGAGUGCCAGAUUGCCGGUGUGUGCCAGCAGAUGUGUGUCAACUAUGUUGGUGGCUUUGAGUGCUAUUGCAGUGAGGGUCAUGAGCUUGAAGAAGAUGGGAGCAACUGCACCCCCACGGGUGCCAUGGGCACCAGGGCUUCUCAGGACCUUGGAGAUGAGGUGGUGGACGAUCGGGAGGAAGAGGAGGAGGAGGAGGUGGAAGUGGAGGUGGCGGAGGCCUGGGAGGACUUGGAUGGUGGAUGGACAGCGGGUGCUAGGAUCCUGUGGAUGAAACCCACACAGCCACCGGACUUUGGCUUGGCUUAUAGACCCAGCUUCCCAGGACAGCGAGAACCGAGGAGACCCCAUCUGGAGCCCACCUGGCCACCCCUACUCAGUGCCCCUCGGAUCCCCUAUCACUCCUCAGUGAUCUCUGACACUCAGCCUGUGGUGAUUUCUGCCACGCGGCCCACACUGCUUUCUGCCCGCCAGACCCCUAUUAUCUCUGCCACACACCCACCCCUGAACCCUGCCCACAGACCCCCUGUGAUCUCUGCCUUGCGCCCCACACUGCCUUCUGCUCGCCAUAUCCCCCCAUACCCACCCCCGAGCCCUGCCCACAGACCCCCUGUUAUCUCUGCCAUGCGCCCCACUCUGUCUUCUGCCCACCAGAGCCCUAUUAUUUCUGCCACACACACACCCCUGAACCCUGCCCACCGACCCCCUGUGAUCUCUGCCCUGCGCCCCACACUGCCUUCUGCUCGCCGGGCCCCCCCAUACCCACCCCCGAGCCCUGCCCACAGACCCCCUGUGAUCUCUGCCACGCACCCUACUCUGUCUUCUGCCCACCAGACCCCUAUUAUUUCUGCCACACACCUACCCCUGAGCCCUGCCCAUUGGCACCCCAUGAUCCCUGCCAUGCACCCAGCUGUGCUUCCUGACCACCAGCCCCCUGUGAUCUCCAACAACUAUCCACGUCUGCCUUCUGCCCACCAGCCCCAAGUUAUCUCUGUCACUCCUCCAGCACAGCCCCCUGCCCACCAGCCCCCUGUUACCUCAGCCAAAUAUCCCCAAUUCUUCCCUACCCAUCCAUCUCCCAUGUUUCCAGACUCUCAGGUGGCUGACACCCAGACCACCACACAUCUGUCUGGAAUUCCAGCUAAUCCUGCCUCCCCGGAUGUCACCCCAAGUGCCCACCAACCCCCUCCACUCAUAGAUGUCACAGGCAUCAGGGCCCAAGUCCCUCGGCUUUCUUUUACGCCAACUGUCCAGCCCAGCCUGCCCACUACCUCUGGGUCACCUGGGACCCCUGCCCAUCAGGCCCCUGUGCCUGCUGCCACCCAGAUUCCAGUCCUUCUUACUCCUUUGCCUCCUCAAAGCCCAGCUAACCAGACUUCACACAGCCCUGCACAUCCCCAUUCCAAAGCUCCCCAAGUCCCAAGGGAAGGUGGCCCUACUUCCAAGUUGGUCUCUACAGCAGUUCCAACAGCUCUGGCAGAGGCUGGUAUAGCAGGUCAAAGCCAGAGGGAUGACCGGUGGCUGCUGGUGGCACUCCUGGUGCCAACAUGUGUCUUCCUGGUGGUCCUGCUCGCACUAGGCAUCGUAUACUGCACCCGCUGUGGCCCCCACGCACCCAACAAGCGCAUCACUGACUGCUAUCGCUGGGUCACCCAUGCUGGGAGCAAAGGCCAAACAGAACCCUUGCCCCCCAGGGGCAGCUUCACAGGGGUACAGACCUGCAGAACCAGCGUGUGAUAGGGCAUAGAUGCCCCCUGCAAGUAGGGGGAAGGGACAUGGCUGGACACAUGGCUGAGGCUACACCAGGGACCCAUGGGGGCUGCCCAGAUGGACAGAGGGCUUCCUGUUCCCUGGAUGUGGCACUCAUGACAGAGGAUACACCAAGGCCCCCAGGACCUCAGGGGUGGGUGCUGGGGUCUUCUCCAAUAAAUGGGGUGCCA